UGCAUUCGUGGCAUGCAUUAUAGAGGAGGAUGUGCAGGGUUCAUUUCAUUGUGACUGCAUUGUAGUAGAACAAAGAUUCGUUUAUUCUAUCUCAAUGUUCUAUUUGAUAUUGCAGUCGCAAGGGCUUUUAAUAUUUCUCGGGGAUGGGGGAGGGAGAUUCAUGAAGGUUUACGUAUCUGCCGGAGCCGAGGUCGAAGUUAACCUUAGUCCCUUCCCCGUCGCUUCCCGUUCCGGAUUAGAAAGCGCAAGGCCCGCCUCACUCUUCCUGCAGCAAUUUGCAAACGGGGAGCUCUCGGAGGCUGCUGCAGCGUACCUGGUGCAGGCCGUGAGAGCAGCGGGCAAGUGCGAUGCGGUCUUUAAGGGCUUUUCGGACUGUUUGCUCAAGCUGGGCGACAGCAUGGCCAACUACCCGCAGGGCCUGGACGACAAGACGAACAUCAAGACCGUGUGCACAUACUGGGAGGAUUUCCACAGCUGCACGGUCACAGCCCUUACGGAUUGCCAGGAAGGGGCGAAAGAUAUGUGGGAUAAACUGAGAAAAGAAUCCAAAAACCUCAACAUCCAAGGCAGCUUAUUCGAACUCUGCGGCAGCGGCAACGGGGCGGCGGGGUCCCUGCUCCCGGCGCUCCCCGUGCUCCUGGUGUCUCUCUCGGCAGCUUUAGCAACUUGGCUUUCCUUCUGAGCGCGGGGCCGGCUCCCCCCGCGCACCCACCCACACUCACUCCAUGCUCCCGGAAAUCGAGAGGAAGAUCCAUUCGUUCUUUGGGGACGUUGUGAUUCUCUGUGAUGCUGAAAACACUCAUAUAGGAUUGUGGGAAAUCCUGAUUCUCCUUUUGAUUUCGUUUGAUUUCUUGUGUUUUAUUUGCCAAAUGUUACCAAUCAGUGAGCAAGCAAGCACAGCCAAAAUCGGACCUCAGCUUUAGUCCGUCUUCACACUAAAAUAAGAAAACGGCAAACCCACCCCAUUUUUUUUUAAUUUUUAUUUUUUGGCACAAGAAUCUCAGGAACGGCCCUGGGCCACCUACUAUAUUAAUCAUGUUAAUGCAUGACAAAUGAUGGGCUCCUCCUAAUAGGAAAGAGAGGAGAGGAGAAGGCCAGGGGAAUGAAUUCAAGAGAGAUGUCCACGAGGAAAGCAUAUGGUGAAUAAGUCACGCUCACGUCUUUCUUCCACCGUAUCUUGUUUUGAUCAUUUCCACUGCAUAUUUCUCCUCGAGGAAAGUAAAAGGAUAGAUUGUUGGCUUUGUGGUUUAAGGAUAGGAGGGAGAGAGGGAAGGGUAUCUAGGUAAAGGCUUCCAGAAGAAUCGCUGCUAAAGUCACUGAGAGGUUAAGCUUUACCUGCUGUUGUCGAUGCAUCUUUCCAAGUCCACUGCCUUUAUUUUCCCUCUUGUUUUAGCUGUUACACAUACAGUAAUACCUGAAUAUCCAACGGUAUAGAUUACAAGGGGGGGAUGUUAAAUGUUAAUCUAAAAUAUAGUUAAAAAAAGAUUUUGACAUAAAAGAGCCUUGAUUUUAAAAAAAAGAGAGAGAUGUAAUUUAAAAAGUUUAUUAUAAAUUAAAUUCAGCAAAAAAAGAUUUGCUACAAAGUAUAGA